AUGGCGCCAUUAAUGUUCUCCUUAAGAUUUCUGUUCUUCCUUUCUCCCGUUUUGUUCCUCAUGAUCAGCACUCAAUCCCUUGCUCAGAUAUCGUGUUCCAACGAUAAAGGCAACUACACCACCAACAGUACCUACCACACAAACCUCAACACCCUUCUCUCUUCUCUUUCUUCCCCCUCCAACAACGGCAAUGGCUACGGCUUCUACAACUCAUCCUACGGGGAAAACCCCGACCAGGUUUACGCAAUCGGGCUAUGUCGAGGGGAUGCCACGGUGGACAGUUGCCGUGGCUGCCUCAACGACACCGCACAAUUGCUCACACAGUCCUGUCCCAAUCAAAAGGAAGCUUUCGGCGCAGGUGAUCAGUGCAACCUUCGCUACACCAACCGCUCCAUCCACGGAGUCAUGGAAACUUCCCCUGCUUUCCGGCCGUAUAACGUACAGAACGUGACCUCCUCUGACGUCGUCGAGUUUGAUCAAGAGCUGAGGACGCUACUGGAGGACCUAAGGGGUCAAGCUGCAGGGAACGGUUCACUUCGAAAAUUUGCAGCGGGGACCGCAGCCGCUCCCCGCUUCCAAACAAUCUAUGGGAGUGCGCAGUGUAUGCCGGAUUUGACGGAGAUGCUCUGCAGUGAUUGCUUGGGUACUUCUUUGGGAGAUAUCCCAAUAUAUUUUCCGGCGACGCAAGUAGGUGGUAUAAUUGUUAAACCCAGCUGUGUUCUUAGGUAUGAGAUCUAUCGCUUCAUUGACCCUGCAACUGUCCGACCAUUGCCGUCUCCUCCGCCGCCACUGUCUAGUCCUCCUCCCCCGUCAACCAGUACAGGAGGAUCGAAGAGUAACAGAUCUCAGACUGUCAUCAUUAUUGUUGUGCCAAUUGUUGUUUCUGUGGUACUAAUAGUUAUAUUCUUCUGCAUUUGUUUAAGAGUAAAGAGGACAAAGAAAAAACUUGAAACUAGGAAGUUACUUCCAGGCGGCGACGAUACAGAUGAAAUUGGAUCUGCAGAAUCCUUGCAAUUUGACUUGGCCACCAUUAGAGUUUCCACAGAUGACUUUUCUGAA